UCUCUGCAGCCGUUUGCAUUUCCUGAAACCGGAUCUUAGUGUCAGAGCCGCCCCCGGCCGGGCGGGCGCCUCAGCCAUGGCCCUGCGCAAGGAGCUGCUCAAGUCUAUCUGGUACGCCUUUACUGCGCUGGACGUGGAGAAGAGUGGCAAGGUCUCCAAGUCCCAGCUCAAGGUGCUAUCGCACAACCUGUACACAGUCCUGCACAUCCCCCAUGACCCUGUGGCCCUGGAGGAGCACUUCCGAGAUGAUGACGACGGCCCCGUGUCCAGCCAGGGCUACAUGCCCUACCUCAACAAGUACAUCCUGGACAAGGUGGAGGAGGGGGCUUUUGUUAAAGAGCACUUUGAUGAGCUGUGCUGGACCCUGACGGCCAAGAAGAACUAUCGGGCAGAUAGCAACGGGAACAGCAUGCUCUCCAAUCAGGAUGCCUUCCGCCUCUGGUGCCUCUUCAACUUCCUGUCUGAGGACAAGUACCCUCUGAUCAUGGUUCCUGAUGAGGUGGAAUACCUGCUGAAGAAGGUGCUCAGCAGCAUGAGCUUGGAGGUGAGCUUGGGUGAGCUGGAGGAGCUGCUGGCCCAAGAGGCCCAGGAGGCCCAGGCAGCCCAGACCUCUGGGGGCCUCAGCGUCUGGCAGUUCCUGGAGCUCUUCAACUCAGGCCGCUGUCUGCGGGGCGUGGGGCGGGACACCCUCAGCAUGGCCAUCCACGAGGUCUACCAGGAGCUCAUCCAAGAUGUCCUAAAGCAGGGCUACCUGUGGAAGCGAGGGCACCUGCGCCGGAACUGGGCGGAACGCUGGUUCCAGCUGCAGCCCAGCUGCCUCUGCUACUUUGGGAGCGAAGAGUGCAAGGAGAAAAGAGGCACUAUCCCGCUGGACGCACACUGCUGUGUAGAGGUGCUGCCGGACCGCGACGGAAAGCGCUGCAUGUUCUGCGUGAAGACGGCCACCCGCACGUAUGAGAUGAGCGCCUCGGACACGCGCCAGCGCCAGGAGUGGACGGCUGCCAUUCAGAUGGCGAUCCGGCUGCGGGCCGAGGGGAAGACGUCGCUGCACAAGGACCUGAAGCAGAAGCGGCGCGAGCAGCGCGAGCAGCGGGAGCGGCGCCGGGCGGCCAAGGAGGAGGAGCUGCUGCGCCUGCAGCAGCUGCAGGAGGAGAAGGAGCGGAAGCUGCAGGAGCUGGAGCUGCUGCAGGAGGCGCAGCGGCAGGCGAGCGGCUGCUGCAGGAGAGAGCGGCGCCGCAGCCAGCACCGGGAGCUGCAGCAGGCGCUGGAGGGCCAGCUGCGCGCGGCAGCGGUGGGCGGCGGGGCUGCGGGGGGGCUGCGCGGCCGACAGUGGGGCGGCGGAGCCGGCGGGGCUGCGCGGGCGAGCAGGUGGCGGGCGGGGCGCGGGGCGGGCUCGCGCGGCGAGCAGGUGGGCGCCGGGGCGCCGGGCGGGGCUGCCGGGCGGACUGCGCGCGGCGGCGUGGCGGGCGGCCGCGCGGGGCGGGCUGCGCGGCCGCGCAGUGGGCGGGCGGGCGCGGCGCGGGCUGCCGGGCGGGACUGCGCGCGGCAGGCAGGUGGCGGGGCGGGGCUGCCGGGGCGGCGCGCGGCAGGCGGGGGCGGGCGGCUGCCGGGCGGGCUGGCGGCGCAGCAGGAGCGGCGGCGCUGCCGGGCGGGCUGCGCGGCGACAGGUGGGCGAGGCUCGGGGGCGGGGCUGCGCGGCCAGAACCCUGGCGUGCGGGAGGGAUGCGGCGGCCCUGUGCUCAGCAAGGUUUAUGCGCGAGACUGCGAGCGACGCUGA